AACAUCAACUGGCUGGGAAAAAGCAAUGUAGCUACGAAACGACACGACUUUUAAAUAUCAUCUGUAUUUUGACAGACUUUACCCGGACCACGCAAGGGGUAUACAGGACAGUUAAGGAUCUACAGUAAUGUGACGGUAUAUUUCAGAAGAAAGGGAGGGAACUCCUGGUGAGACGCCAGCAACAGCUAUGAUACUACUGUUGCCAAGUUAGCCAGAGCGCGCUAAUAUGGAGAGCUAGCUGGCUAGCUUUGUGCUGACGCGUAUUUUGGAGUAAUUUAUGGAUUUAUUCGCCUUUCGUUUGAACCGCUUACAGUAACCAGUCCACACACUACAUGUUUUUGGGAGGUGAAAGGAAACUGAGGUACUCCGAGGUAGAUUUGUAGUACUUAAAAAUGAAGGAAAUCUAUCCAUCAGCACCAAAAAUGGGAGUGAAGACAUUUACCCACAACUCACCCAAUCACAGCCAAGAGUUGUUGGACAAGCUUAAUGCCCUUCGUAGUGAAGGGCACUUUUGUGAUGUCACUAUUCGUGUCCAGGGUCAACUUUUCACUGCCCACAAGGUGGUGCUUGCUUGCUGCAGUGACUUUCUGAAGGCUAAGCUCUCUGGGAAACCUAUUGAGGAUGAGGGUGGUUCAGAAGACAAUAAGGUGGUACUAGAUCUUCAUCAUGUCACUGUGGCUGGCUUUGCUCCCCUGCUGGAGUAUGCCUACACGUCUACAUUGUCGAUCAGCACAGAGAAUAUUAUUGACGUAUUGGCUGCCGCCAGCUAUAUGCAAAUGUUUGCUGUAGCCAACACCUGCUCAGAAUUCAUGAAGUCCAGCAUUCUGUGGAACUCCUCUUCAGCUUCAAACAAUUCCGUGAAUGUCCAUCGGCCACAGGAAACCCCAGAAAGUGCAACCACAUGUACUCUAACCCCUUUGGAUGCCCUGUCUCCUUCACCAGUGUCAUCAGAAUGCAGCGCUCCUGAGCGGCCUGUACCUGUAUGUCGUGAAUCACGUCGCAAGCGCAAAGGCUUUGCCAGCCCGCAGCCAGCUUCGUCUUCCUCACCACAAGUCCCAAACCCUUCCCCUUCAUCAUCCUCUUUUCCAGAGAGUUCUGCACCAAAUCUGGAGCCUUCACUGGCUUUCUCUUGGACUUAUCCGUUUGGGGUAGACCGGCGCUUUACCUCAGAGAAAGCCAAACUUCCUGAGGGGCUGCUGGAGUCGAGCGCAACAUCCGGGCAGGACGGAGGCAGUCGGACACUUGUGGAGUACCUGUCCUGUGAGGGCCCUAGGGGGAUGGGUGUAAGUGGGACUGCUGUGGUGGAGGAGGAAGAAGAGGAUGUGCAGGUGAAAGUGGAGAGGCUAAGUGAUGAAGAGGCGCAUGAGGAGGUCUCACAGCCAGUGAGUGCCUCACAUAGCUCACUGACUGACCAGCAGACUGUACCUUGCAGCGAGCACACACAGGAGGAUCUGCUUAUCAGCCCUCAGUCUUCAUCCAUAGGCUCUGUGGAUGAGGGCGUCACUGAGGGCCUUCAGUCCAUCCAGGGCACUCCGAACACCACAGCUCACAUGGAAGAGGACGAAAGAUUGGAGAAUGUUCAGUAUCCGUAUCACCUGUACAUCAGCCCCUCCACACGGCCUGGACACAACGGGCCGGAGCGUCCCUUCCAGUGUCCCACGUGUGGAGUACGCUUCACUCGAAUCCAGAACCUCAAGCAGCACAUGCUCAUCCAUUCCGGCAUUAAGCCAUUCCAGUGCGACCGCUGUGGGAAAAAGUUCACAAGAGCCUACUCCCUAAAGAUGCACCGUCUAAAGCAUGAAGGUAAACGCUGUUUCCGGUGCCAGAUCUGUAGCGCCACAUUCACUUCCUUCGGUGAAUAUAAGCACCACAUGAGGGUGUCUCGCCACAUCAUCCGCAAGCCUCGGAUUUAUGAGUGCAAAACGUGUGGCGCCAUGUUUACCAACUCCGGCAAUUUAAUCGUACACCUGAGGAGUCUGAACCAUGAGGCAUCAGAGCUAGCAAACUACUUCCAGACCAGUGAGUUCCUCCUCCCAGACUACUUGAGCCACAUGCAGGAGGAAGAGGAAGAGAAUCUGGCUCACUUUGAAAUGACGGAGCAAUCCUUCGACGUCACCGCCACCUCCUCUUCCUCAGUUCAAACACCAGUCAUCUCCCAGGUCUCUUCCACCAUGAACUAUGACUCCCGACCCUCUGCCCCCACAGACUCCAGACUUGCUCAUGGAGGAGAGGAGGGACCAACAGGGGAGCAAACGAAAAACUGCAUCCCUGUUACCUCUGUAUCAGAGCCAGAGGAGGAGGAAAGGGUGGAAGAGGGCGAGGGACAAAAGCCAAAUAAAGCACUUGUGUCAAUUACAAUCGAGUGAGAGACAUUCCAAUUCAUUUCAUUUCGUUGUGUUACGUGUAUUUUUCACAUGUUGUGGCCUGAGUCAGUAUAAUGCAACAGUGAACACUGGACUCUUGUGCGUAAUGCAAAUCGGAUUACUUGUUAUAGCUGAUUUUUUGGGAGCUUCAGUGUAGUUGUGAACAGUUCUCUAUGGAAAUGUGAAUGUUUUUGUUUGUUUUCUUUUGCUUUGGAUGUAAAUGUGAAAGUUUUAAAACAGAUUGUUUAGAAAAAAAUAUUCUGAAGUUUAAUGUUAAACUACUUACACAUUUCAUUAUUUGGUUUUCCCUGAUUCUUCGUAUUAUCUGUUGAUGCAGUUGCAAGUCUGU